AUGGAGUUCGCUUCCCUGGUUGCUCGGCGCCCAGAGCAUGUCGAUGUGCUGACGAUCCCAACUCCGCCGCACCAAGCCACGGCUAUUUUCAUCACGUUCUUCUUCCCUGCACUUUCCGUGAUCUUCUUUGCGGGGCGGGCAUAUAGCAGGCUUUCCACGCGACAAUGGGGUCUCGAUGAUUGGCUUUGCGGUUUGGCCGUACUAUGUUCCCUGUUAAUGACGCCGCCUUUCUUCAUCUACCUAAAACUUAUGUACGUUGGGUACUGGGCUGUUGAUGUGCCCCCGACCUUCGACCCUAAGCCAGCAAUGUGGUGGUUCUUCUUGAUGCAGAUGUUCUACAACCCUGUACUGGCUUUUGUCAGAGCCUCAGUGUUGGUGUUUCUUUUGCGUCUAGGGGGGCAGAAACCCGGUGUCAGGUGGGCUAUUCAUGGCUUAAACAUCAUCAACGGCUCCAUGGCUGUCGCCGUGUUCCUUGUCGCACUUCUGCAAUGCUUGCCCAUUGAGGCCAACUGGGAUCCGGUCGUCCGCCAAUCCGCGAGAUGCGUCCACAACUCCUUCCACAUCUCGAUAUCCUCCCUUAAUGUCGUGAUGGAUAUUCUGGUAUUGGCCUUUCCCUUUUGGAUUUUCCUUGGGUUAAAGAUGCGUACGGGGCUGAAGGUUGCGGUUAUUUGCGUCUUCCUAAUCGGUGCUAUCGUCACCGUCAUUGCCAUCAUUCGUCUUGUCCUUGUUUACAAGCUUUUCUACGUGCCACCCGAUCCUAACAAGGACCCGUUUCACGCCAUUGGUGUCGUCUACAACGUCGUCGAGGUCAAUCUUGCCAUCAUCUCUGCCGCAGCACCGGCCCUUCGUCCGUUGUUCCGCAAGUGGUGGCCCAAGAUUUUCGGUGGCGACUCCACCAAAAAGACCAGCGAUCUCCAUUACUACGGCAGCUCUUCUCGACCGCGCAACACCAAACGAGACGGCGACGACAUCACGCUGAAAGACAUGCGCAUGACACGCUCGCAGCAUCAUACCGAGAUUAGAAGCACCUCGCCUACGGGGUCCGAGGAGGAGAUAAUGACAUACAACGGCAUCGUGCGGACAACAAACGUCAACUUGACGUACGAAUCAAGUGCUAGCGUCGCAGACGAUGGCCGCUCAUCGACAGAUUUCAAAACUGGGGAAAAGGCCGAAAGUGCCAAGGGACCCAUCACUUGA